AUGACAUCGGCUGCUGUUGCUGCAUUUGCCAUUGAGACGGAUGAAGGUCCUUGGCGUGUUUUGCGACGCAACUACGUCUUUCUGUCUCAUUGCCUUCGCUUCAAUUCUCAUUUCAUCAAUCUUCUGUACGAACGAGAUUUUCUGACGAGAGGCGACAGAGACGUUCUUCGCAGCGAUUAUGUCACUCGUGAUCACAAAGUUCAACUUCUACUCGACGAUGUCUUGCCGAGCAGACCGCCACAAAUGUUUGCCAAUUUUUGCGACAUUUUGAGAGAUGUCGGGCAGCCACAUAUUGCAGAGAGGCUGAUGGGAAGUCCCCAAAGGACGUCAACUGCCCCCGCAGUUGCUGAAGGCAGACUAGAAGACCUAACAGACACAAUGCUGAGAAAUCAGGUGGAACGGUUAGAGAGAGAGAAAAAUCAUUUGACCACACAUCUAGACAAAGAGAGACACAACACUGAGAAAGCAGUUGAAGAGACUCACGCGGCAAGACAAGAUGCACAAAGAGCUAGAGAAGAAGUUAGAGAUGCAAAGCAAGAAAUUCUCAAGUCAACGAUUGAGGGACGAGGAAAAGAUCUCACAAUUCUCUCACUUAGAUACGAAAAAUCGAUGCAUUCUGCUCAUUGUGAUCAAGCUGAUGGCAGUCUGUCAUCGUGGACUGAGUGGGAUGUACACAUUCCCUAUGGUAGACUUCCAUACAAUAGGAUGGUGGAGAUUGAAGGCAGUCUGGUCGUCGCGGACUAUUUUGGUAAACUGCAUGUUCUUACGAAUACAGAUAGAACGUGGAAGACGUUUGUCAGAGAGCGUGGAAAUAUUAGGAAUGUAGUGUGUCAUCAAGAUGUGUGUCUGGUGUUGGUGUAUGAUGUUGCAAAACAUCGACGUGUGAUUGAACAAUUCUGUCUAUAUGAUGUAGACAAAUGGCGUUUCCUCACAGUUCUACCAAACGAACUGCAGUUGGAUGGCGUAUCUGUUGCUCUUCAUGACAACUCACUGUAUGUUGUUGGUGGUGAAACGGAGUCAGGGGAGAAAGUGAACACAGCACGUGUGUGUGACCUUCACAGCGGUCAUUGGUCCAAGAUGGAUGACAUGCAAACAAGACGAUCCGACUGUUCUUCUGUUGCCAUCGACAAAACAGUGUUUGUAGGGGGAGGAGACACUGAUAGAUUACAUUUCAGUAAUAUUGUUGAGUGUGUAGAUGUUCGUACAAAACAAUGGGCAGCAAUAGCCUCAACGACCAACUGUCGUUCUACACUGACGACAGUCAGUAACAGACUGGUUGUGACUGGUGGAGCGCCAUACCAGUGUGUCACUCCUUCUGCUAUUGUCGAAUUGUAUGAUGAGAAAUCUAGCAAAUGGCUUCCUCUUCCACGCAUGACUCAUGAACGAUGGUCACAUGCUGCAUUGUCUACUCAAAGUGGAGAACUUAUCACAGCGGGAGGAAUUGGUGAAGACAGGAAAUGGCUAACCUCACUAGAAAGUCUGAAGUGUCACUACUAACUACAGCAGAGGCGUGUAAAUCAUGUGUAGAUAGCGGACGUACUGUAGGCGUAAUUUUUGUACAUUUAGUGUACAUUUUUCUUGCUGGGUGGUGAUAUCAGUAACCAAACUGUUGAUGUAAUUGGCAGUUUUGCUUUUUUAAAAAAUUGUAGGUACAGGUUUUAGUUGCAAUAUCUCUA